AUGGCCGACACAGAGAAGAUACUCGCCGAGCUGGCGUCCUUGCGGAAGACAGUGUCGUCCCUCCAAAAAUCGCUCUCAGAGACACAAGACAUCCAAGCCGUCCAAUGGCUGCUCAACCACUACACGGCGCUGCACGACGACGCGUGCUUCGACCUCGAGAAGCGCCAGGAAUGGGAGAACCUGUUCUGCGAAGACGGCGUGGCGGUCUACCCCUACGGCCAACACGUCGGGCGCGCGGGCAAGGGCGCCUGGGCGUUUGGGGGAGUGAGCUACUUUGAGCGCUGCCAGCUGCUCUCGUCCAACUUCGACAUUGAAUUCUCCCCGAACCGCAAGCGCGCGUACGUUCGAACAAAUUGCAUCGCGCAGUGGAUGAAGCGCAAGGACGUGUACGACGACCACUUUGACGAAGGCGGCUUCUACAACUGGAUCCUGAGGAAGGACGCCGCCGACGGCCAGUGGCGCAUCGAGAGGGUGCAUUUGACCAUCACGUGGACGACCGGCGAGGAUCCCACGGGUGUAGGUCCCAAGACUAAGACGCCACCAAAGCUCUAG